UCCCUCCCCAGCUUGGGCUUCAGUUGUCCCUCCCCUGCAAGCAGGCCUCCCCCCAUUAUUUUUAGCAAAAGCUGCAAACAGGCAAUAGACUUCCAUGAAUUUGUUAAUUGUCCACAACCUGUCCAUGACUUACUAAAAAUAACAAAAAAUCUGAAUCUUACUCAUGAAUGAUGGCUAGGUAUGCCUAGAGGUGGUAAAAGAGAAUAUAUUUGAAGAGGUUGGGAGGCAAGAGAGAGCUAAUUCCUCAGCACUAGAAGUCAAUAGAUACCUGUGCUGUAAAAGGAGGUGAUAAAUUACAUGUCAUGGGGAGUGGGGUGAAGGAGAACAGGAGUUUAUGGUUCUCUGAUUUGGCUGUGGCAAUUCUGUUCUGCCAAAUUGCUAGAUUGUGGAGCGAGGAUUGGAGAAAUCAAUUGUGUUUGAGGAUGACCUGCGGUUUGAAAUAUUCUUUAAACGACGGCUCAUGAAUCUGAUGUAUGACCUGGAAGAAGAAGGUCUGGAUUGGGACCUGAUUUACAUUGGAAGGAAACGAAUGCAGGUGGAGCAUCCAGAGAAGUCUGUGCCUCAUGUGCGGAAUCUGGUGGAGGCAGAUUAUUCCUACUGGACUCUAGCCUAUGUGAUUUCACUACAGGGUGCCCAGAAGCUGCUGGCAGCUGAGCCACUCUCCAAGAUGUUGCCUGUGGAUGAAUUCCUUCCGGUCAUGUUUGAUAAACACCCUGUGUGAGUCUGCAGUGCAUCCUGGGGCCUAG